AUGGCUCCGAUGGGUAUCCGCCUGUCUCCCGUCGGCGUGGGGGUCUUAUGCCUGCUGGGGCUCGGUGUCCUUUACCACCUGUACUCGGGGGUGAUCUCCAAUCGCCUGGCAGCCUUCAGACAAAGGAGAAAUGUUGACUUGAGGGACCUGCUGGCUCUGUCUGUGGAGGCUGCUGUUCUGGGUGGAAAAGAGGUAAAACGAGUGCGAGAGGAAAAUGGUCUGCAGGAAAAGUCCAAAGGCAAGACCAGAGAGGGGGCCGAUGACCCCCUCACGAUGGGAGACCUGGAGUCCCACAGGAAAAUGUACAACAUCAUGAGAAACACAUUUCCUGAUAUCACUGUCAACAGUGAGGAGCACGACCAGGUGGUGGACGAGACUCUGCUGUGGAGCCGCAUUAUUCCAAGUGAUAUAGCAGAGAAGAUAACGGAUCAGAAUGAGGUCCCGGCUGAGAGUGUGACUGUAUGGAUCGACCCUUUAGAUGCUACAAAGGAGUACACAGAGAGCCUGCUGAAGUAUGUGACCACCAUGGUCUGUGUCGCUGUUGAAGGGAAGCCUGUGAUUGGAGUUAUACACCAGCCUUUUAAUGACUUUACAGCCUGGGCUUUAGUGGGACAGGAACAUGUGGCAAAUGUCCAUGCCCGAUCGUCCUACAGUAUCACACCUCCAAAAGUCAUUGUUUCACGGUCUCACUCCGGACAGGUGAAAAAUUAUGUCCAAGAAGCUUUUGGGAACAGUACCACAGUCGUAGAAGCUGGAGGAGCAGGAUAUAAGGUUCUCUCUCUGUUGGAUCUCCCCACUGGAGAGUUUAUGGAGCAGGCAGAUAUUUAUGUUCAUAUCACCUUCAUAAAGAAGUGGGACAUCUGUGCUGGUGAUGCACUGCUAAGGGCCCUGGGAGGUCACAUGACCACUCUAAAAGGUGAGGCUAUAGAGUACAGCGACACGCCCCUGAACAAAGGAGGGCUGGUGGCCAGUGUGGGAGUGGACCACAAGGAUACUUUUAUUGUUGAGCUGAUGGGCAGUACUUACUAG